UCUCGAGAUGAGUAAGAAGGAUGAGAGAGACAGGUCUAGAGUUGAAGCAGUUCUCGAGCUCAUCAGGAAACAAACACCGCUCACUGUUAAACAGGAGAAGUUCUGCAAUUAUGCUUGCGUGGAACGAUUUCUGAAAGCAAAGGGGGAUAACGUGAAAAGAGCUGCCAAGCAACUCAGGGCUUGCCUUUCUUGGAGAGAGAGCAUAGGCGCUGAUUAUUUGGUGGCGGAUGAGUUUUCAGGAGAACUGGCUGAUGGGUUGGCGUACGUGGCUGGUCAUGACGAUGAGUAUAGACCUGUAAUGAUUUUGCGGAUGAAACAAGAGUAUCAGAAGUUUCAUUCCCAGAAAAUGUUCACUCGUUUGUUGGUCUUCACAAUGGAGGUGGCUGUUUCGACCAUGCCAAAAUACGUUCAGCAAUUUGUCUUGCUUUUCGAUGCAAGCUUUUACAGGUCUGCAUCUGCUUUUACGAACUUACUAGUGAGAGCAUUGAAGAUAACGGGGGAAUACUACCCUGGGCGACUGCAUAAAGCGUUUAUCAUAGACCCUCCCUCGCUGUUUCCUUAUUUUUGGAAGGGUGUGGGGGCAUUCGUGGAACUAUCGGCAGUGACGACGCUGGUUUCAUCGUUGGAUUUCCACGGUGAGGAUGGAUCAUCGGGGGAUUUAACUGGAGGAAGGGGCGUGAUGAAUGCAGGAUCAUGCUCCUCUUCGCGCUUUGCCUUCACGGUGUCUCAUCACGUUGACUCCCUCAAGCCUUGGUAUCUGAGCCUGUCGGAGACGUCAGUGGCGAGCAGAACGCCGGUGCAGCAGCGCACUCCUCGGCCGUCGUUUUUGAAAUCGCCGGCGGGAAUGGUGUUCGGGCGCGGAGAGAGGGUGUGUCGGGAAUCGUUCUUGCCGCUGUGGAAGUUAUACAGAAGGCCGUAUGAUGAAAUGGUUUACAGGUCAAAGAUGCGGGGCCCGGUGGGAGGUCACUUUAGACGACGGCACGUUUCGUUUUCCCAACGUUUCUGAAUCUUAUGACUCCCAUCUUGUGUACGUUUUUUUUUCUUUCCUCAUAACAGCAUGAGAAAAAGUAGCAGUGGUAGUGGUAGUGCAUUUGAAUGGAAUGAAGUAAAUUAUGCAGCAAUAAUUGAGUGGUUUUUGCUUGAAUUUCAACCAUAUAUAUGUCAGUGUUCAUGUGAAAGAUAGAAGCGUAUUCAACGACCGAGGAGCGUGGCGUCGAUGAAUGAAUGAAUAAUGUGAUGGGAUUAGAGCUUUUCGUUUGUAGCGCUUUUGCUUUUCAUACAGAUGAAGAAAAAAUGGA